CAAACAUAACCAAACUUGUAUUGUAUUAAACAAUUUUGUGAAGUUUAGGUGUAACUAUAAGUAUAACUUAACAAUCAUAUUUUAUGUAAAUGUAAAACUAAUAGAUUUCAUACUUGUGACAUUUUUUGUAACAGAAACGUCUAAAUGGAUGCUGAGAUUAAAAAUAUAACAAAAUUAAUUUUCCCUGAAGGAGUUCCAGAAUCAUGGAAGAUAAAUCCAGAUUUUUAUGCCUACUUAACAAAACUGGGUGGUUACACUGUGGAACAGUUGUCAAAAGAACCUGACCGUUUGGCUGAGGAAAAAUGUGCAGUUCUUUCUCAAACCCAGGAAUUGGCAUUUUCUAACUACAAGACGUUUAUACGCACAGCAGAAUGCUCCAGAGAGAUAUUCCAACAGUUUAACAACGCAGAGACAAGUCUUAAUUCGCUGGUGGAGCGAGUCCCUGGACUGACCUCUCGGUGUGAGGAGUUUGCUAAGGCGUCGUCCGAGAUCAAGACUGCUCGGCGGCUCAAUUCUCUGACGCUUACUCGCAACGCUCAGUUGUUACAGGUUCUGGAAAUCCCUCAGCUGAUGGAGACAUGUAUCAGAGAAGGCUACUACGAGGAAGCUCUGCAACUUGCAGCCUACGUCAAGAGGUUGGGAGCCAAACAUGGAGACAUACCUAUAGUGGCUAGUAUCGUGCGAGAGGUGGACGCAGCGUGGUGGGCACUCCUCAAUCAGCUGAUUGCUGCUCUCCGCACCGACCUACAAUUGCCGAGGUGUCUGCAGGUGGUUGGUUAUCUCCGUCGCAUGCAAACAUUCUCCGAGGCUGAACUUAGACUGAAAUUCCUCUCAGUCAGAGAUUCUUGGCUUCAGUCUGAACUUGCCAAGAUACCUAAUGAUGAUGCUGCUCACCAUCUUACCAAGACUAUUGAGCUGUCUCGAAUCCAUUUGUUCAACAUUGUGACUCAAUAUCGAGCUGUGUUCAGUGAUGAAGAGCCAGUCUUAUCUCCUAGACAACUGUCCCUAGCAGAGUCCACUAUCUUCCACUCCUGGCUCAAUGAAAAGGUCUCCCAGUUUAUCACCACUCUGGAGCAUGAUCUAUCUCGAGGUGUGGGAUCUUCACUCGCCUCGUUGCUGGGGCAAUGCAUGUACUUCGGCCUAUCUUUCAGCAGAGUAGGUGCUGACUUCCGAGCUCUAGUGGCUCCUAUAUUUGUGAAAACCGUGCAACAAAACUUUGAAACAGCUGUGCGCAAGGCUACCAAGAAGUUUGAGGCAGAUAUGGACAAGUUCACGCUGCCAAAGAAUCAGACUCAAAACAAAAGCGUUUUACCUUCACAGAAGAUUAAUGCCAGCACUAAACAGGAGCAGCCUCCAGAGUGUCUGUUGGAGUUCUACCCGCUAGCUGAGUACUGCAACAAUCUGCUGACAGGUCUCAACAACCUGAGACUCUGUGCUCCACUGGCUUGUGUAGACAAUGUCACCAAUCAGCUGCAGGAGUCUCUUACCUCGGCUGCUCGAACUGUCCUUUCCUUCUACAGACAGGAGCAACAAGCCCUCUCCAAACCAGAAAAGGAGAGUUUCUCCAGGUUUUGCAUGUGUUUUGGAGAUCAGCUGGUUCCGUUCAUGCAGAGAUGCAUCCAUGCUGUGUACAAGCCUAGCGAAGUAGCACAGCAUUUAGGUCUCUCUACAUAUCAGCUGCAACAACAGGAACUGUCUUAUCUAGACCAAAAUGCCAUAGUAGACGCCAUCGCUCAUUUACUACCAGAUAGAAUACAAUCCAGCCUGCCUACAUCUCCACCAGCUCCAAUCUUGACAGAAAAACAGGAUCAAGAGCAAGAUGUGAAAGUUGAUACAGAUUGUGAAGUUGAUAAAAGUGAAAACAUUGAAAAUGUCAGUUUUGUGGAGUGAGACAAUGUAAAAAUUGCACCAAUGGAUUAAAAAAAAUGUUUCUGUUGGAGUCAGAGCCCCAGAACACCUUAUGCAAUUUAUCAGUUUAAAAGGAGGAUGUAUUUAAUUUUACAUUGCCAUUUGAAAAAAGUCAUUGAAACUGUGAAACAUAAAAGUCUUUUUGAUCCCUUCUUUGUGGAUCAAUUUAAAACUUGUUUGUACUGAUAUGACGUCAACUUAGCCACAGCUGUGAAUCAAUUUCCUUUGAUCUUUACUUUUUUAUGUAACAGCUGAUUUCUGGAUGUUUAAUGGUAGUUUACGCAACGAUCACGUAAAGAUAGUGUUAACAUCAGUUGAAAAUUUAAGGUUCGAGCCUUGGCGAGUGCCUUAAAAACUCCUACCAGUGUCGUUAAGACUAUUUACGCGAGUUGCGUACACAACUUUAUUUACAACAGUGUUUUAAUUACUAACUAUCACUACUCAUUACUUCUAAGAAAGGUUAUGUUUUCGUCUUUACCUCUCAUGGCCACUGACAGUGAGGCAACGAAUCAUUGUACCAAACACAAAUUGCACCACUCAACAAUUAAAUUGGCCUGAGCAGCUGAUUAGUUGAAGUUCGAAGCAUUACAAUUUUACUUCUUCUCUCUCAAUCCUUGAACCUCAUUGGUCCGUUACCCGUGUUGUUUAGUAAAAGUAUACUGUUAUGUAAGUAAACAAUGCUAUUAUGUGAAACUUUUCAAUUCUAAGAACUGAACAGCUCCCUAAAAAAAAGUCGUAGGUAAAAAUGUUAUGUUUUGUUUAUGUCAUGUUUUAUGUUCAUUAUUCGUUAUGUAAAUAAAAUGUAUGCAAACUAUUCAUGCA